AUGCUCAGCCAAGUCCUCCUCGCCCCACUGUUCGCCAAGCGAGCGUCCGCGUUCACCUCGGACAGCUUUGCUCCCCCUGCUGAAUGCCCCACCUGUCUCUCCGCCAAUUACACGGGCAUGCCCAACGGCUCCUUGCCUCUUUCUCCUUGGGUCUCUGGAGCGGCAUAUGACCAAAUCAUCACGAUUUGGCUGGAGAACACUGAUUUUGCCGCCGCUGCUGCUUCGUCAACCUUUCAAAAGCUCGCCGCGGAGGGAAUCCUCUUGACCAACUACAACGGUGUCACUCACCCUUCUGAGCCAAACUACCUCGCUGCGGUCGGUGGUGACUUUUGGGGAAUCGGAGACGACGAGUUCUACGCCAUUCCCAGCAACGCUUCCACCGUGGUUGAUUUGCUUGAGGCCAAGAAUGUUUCCUGGGCCACAUACCAGGAGAGUAUGCCCACCGACGGCGACGGCGAAUUCGCAUACUAUAGCCACAACUAUCUCAACGCGAGUGCUCCCGACUACAGAUACUACGUCCGAAAGCACAACCCCUUCGUCAUCUACAACUCUAUCGCCAGUAUCCCGGACCGAGCGCUCAGAAUCCGAAACUUUAACGACUUUGCCGUCGAUGUCAACGCCUCGGCCCUCCCUCAAUACGUAUGGAUCACUCCCAAUCUUGUCAACGAUGCUCACGACACCGAUGUGACCUUUGUCUCGGCCUGGCUGGAAUACUGGCUCGUCCCUUUGCUCCAAAACCCCAAGUUCAACACCAACAAGACAUUGAUUCAAGUCACCUUUGACGAGAACGAGUCGUACACCAUCCAGAACACUGUCUACACUGUGCUUCUCGGUGGCGCCGUACCUAGCAACCUUAAAGGCACCAAUGACUCGACGUUCUACACUCACUACUCUCUCCUCUCGUCGGUUCAAAACAACUGGGACCUUGGCAACUUGGGUCGACAGGACACCAACGCGACCGUCGCUGCCGUGUUCGACUUCCAAGCCAACAUUACAAAGUAUCAGAACACCAAGCCAUCCUCUGACCCGAUGAUGAACUUGACUGGCAUCUUCCCUGGACCUGGCAACACGGAAAUUUGGACGCCCGUCUUGGCCCCCAACACGAGUGCCAAGGGUGCUGGCAGUGGUAAGACUUACUACAACGCCUCCGUCAUCGACCUCACCCUCACCUCAUACACUCACCUGAACUUGACUGCUAUGAACGCCGUCAACCCAGACACCAUCAACCCGAACUACACUUACAACGAGGCUGCCAUUGCCAACGCCACGAACAAACCGACUUCAGUCCCAGUCUACAUUGCUCCUUCUACCACCUCUGGAUCCCCCAGUGGAACUGCAUCUGGCUCCAAGUCAGCUUCCAGCGCUGCGACGACUUCGGGAGGUGCUGUCAAGCUCGCGACUGGUGCAGGCGGCUCCUUGGCGGUGAUUGCUGCAGGUAUCAUUGCUCUUUUGUAA